UUUAGAUUUUUUUAAAGUUUUGUUUUGAAUGUUUUACAUUUUUGUCCAAUUUCAUUCGAUUUUUUCUGUAUUUUUUUGUAUUUUUAUUUUUUAUUUUUUUCAAAAAAAUUACCGACACUUCAUCAUUUUGACAUGUAAAAUAAACAGUACCGGUCGUCUAUGAAUAGAAAAACGUUUUUGGAAGUUUAUUAUGAUAAAAAUGUCACUUUAAAGAUUUAAAAUGCUAGUAAAAAAAAGUGGUAGAAAGUGAUAGUGUUUAAAAUGCAACAUAUUAUUUGUAGAGAUUUUAAUGGGCUUCUCACAGCUCAGCCCGGUAAGCAACAUAUGAUUGGUUUCUUUUUAUUUUGUCUUUGUGGACUCGGUAAUCGUUAGGGUUACCUUCAUCUUCUUCGAUAUCCUUCGUCCUCUGUGCUCUUCCUAUACCGGUGUAUCUUUUUGUUACUCGAUCUCUUCGAAUCCAGCCACGUUCUCUGCCAACGAAACGAAUCCUAUUCCUAUAACGCCUUCUCCAGCCUCCUAUAUAUAGAGAAUGGUGCUCCAGUCGAUGUAGUCGCCUGCUCUCUAGCUUAACAUGUCUGUAACCUCCAUUACUAAAAACCCUCAGGAAAACGCAAGGUGGUUAUUCGUGAUGCUAAUGGCUAUGAUCACAUGUUAAGCCGCUAUUACGCCAUGCGGAACAUGCCUAGACCUGAUUCCUAUGUUUUCGAUCAAGAAUCUCUUUCAGGGUUUUCGAAUACGUUAGAGAAACAACGGUUCCAUAGAGAUAUAGCCACUUCUGCUAAAACGGAUGUGAUUUCAGCACACGAUGGAUGAGGGAUCCUCCUAAUUUCGCAACGAUGGCUACUACGUCAGUUGUUCCUGUUGAUUUAAACGUUUUUCUUCUUAAGAUGGAACUCGAUAUAGCGUUCAUAAUGGAGAUUUGUGGGGAUAAAAAUGGUUCAGACCGUUUUGUGAAAGUUUCAAAAGCGAGAAUGAAAGCGUUUGAAGCUGUGUUUUGGAACGCAGAAGGAGGACAGUGGCUAGAUUACUGGCUUUUCUCCAGUGGUGAUGAGCCUGAGACAUGGAAAACUGAGAACCAAAAGACCAAUGUUUUUGCAUUUAACUUUGCUCCAAUCUGGAUCAGUUCCUUCGACUCAAAUGAAAAUCUUGUCGAGAAAGUUGUGAAGGCUCUUGAAAACCCAUGGCUCAUUGCUCCUGCUGGGAUCUUAACCUCUUUGACAAACUCAGAACAGCAAUGGGAUUAUCCAAAUGGAUGGGCUCUGCAACAAGAGAUUAUUGUUACAGGGCUAGCGAAAUCCGGUCUGAAGGAAGCAAAAGAGAUAUGUGUUUAUGCUGGUGAUGUUUGUUGGAAUCAAUCAAUAAAGAAUCUAAAGACAAAAGAUUAGAUUCUUGAGGUUUAGGAUAAAUCUUGAAAGAAUCAAAUGAGAAAUGAACAUCAAAGGGAGUUUAUUGAUCAAAGAUUGUAUUACAAGAAUAGUUUCUAGUGUAAAGUAAUCUAAGAAUCCAUAAACCCUUUGUAAUAAGUGUUUAAUAUGUCAAAUGGGAGAAGAGAGCCCUUUUCUCAUAA